UCUUAGAAUCCUACAAUGUUUGCAUGUAGUGCACGUUCGAAGGCGACCUUCAAGUUGUCGAAUGAGUCAUAAUUAGUUGAAGAAAUGCAAUUCAGCACGUUUUUAGUAACCUAUCAAUAAAUAGUUCCCGGGAAACUUCGUGAAGUGUCUAGUUAUUUGAACUACUUUGUUUGUUUAAUAUUUGUUAAUCUGCAACUGUAUAAUCUGUGUGAAAUGUAAAACAUAAAAAUAGCAAGCCAUCACCGGAUGAAAUGAACAAUGUAAUUCACCGAUAACAUUCUAGAAACCAACAUGAACGAAAUAAGGAAUGUGGGAGACUGGUUGAAAGUGGCAGACUUGGGAAGUGGUGCCUUUGGUGUGGUCAGUUUGUGGAGGAAUGGAAAAACAAACGAAAGUGUGGCCAUAAAAUCGUGCAAAUUUCAAACUAAAAACGCACUAAAUAAACGACAAAGGGAAAGAUGGAUUGCAGAAAUUGAAAAUAUCAAAAGUUUCGUACACCCAAAUGUAAUAAAAUAUAAACAAUUAUCUCCUGAACUCUUUGAGGCCUUAGAAAGAGUAAAUGUAACAAAGCUUCCUUUACUGUCAAUGGAGUAUUGUGAUAAAGGAAAUCUAAGAAAUGUCCUAUGCAAUAUUGAAAACUGUUGUGGACUGCCUGAAAUCGACGUCCGCCACGUUUUGUGUGAUAUAUGCAGUGCUGUGCAAUAUCUACACAGCAAGAAUGUUACCCACAGGGACAUAAAGCCGGAGAAUAUUGUUGUACACACUGACAAAAGCCGUAAAAGUGGUGCAAUCUACAAACUUAUUGACCUCGGUUAUGCCAAAGAUAUCAAUGAUACAGUUGUAAGUUUUGUUGGUACGUUAGAAUAUCUAGCACCAGAAAUAUGUCAAAGGCUUCAGUACAAUUAUUGUGUGGAUUACUGGUCAUUAGGAAUAGUGGUUUUUGAGAUUAUUUGUGGGAUUCUACCGUUUCUUCCAGGAAAGUCACUUCCAGAGAGAUUCUAUCACCUAAAAAAGAAAGGCCCAGAAGAUAUUCGUAUCUAUGAAACCUAUAAUUCUGGCAGAAUUGAGUAUUCCAAAGAAAUUUUCAACUUGAACAACAUAUCCAGUUGCUUUAAGAUCGAAAUAGAAAAGUGGUUGAGACGUGCCUUACAAUUCGAUCCCGAAAAACGAUCUGAGAAGUUUUCCCAAGGGACUUUGUUUGAAUAUAUGAAUUGUAUUCUAAAAAAGAAAAUUAUCAAUGUCUUUUAUAUGAACAACUUGGAGUUAUACUCUUAUGAAAUCGACCAUUCGACUUUAAUUGGUACUAUAAAAAGGUGGAUUGAGAGAGACACAAAAGUCGAUAUGACAGACUUUGUAGUCUUAUUUUCAAAAAGCGUAAAACCUCUGCCAGAUGAUUUAUUUGUGGUGGACUACCUGACUGACAAUAAUAACGUUUACGUUAUUAAAAAGUCUUCAUACUUCCAUAAAACUCCAUACACUUUUCCUUACUACAUAAGGAAACUUUUCGUAGACAACAUAAAGUUUAAUUCCAAAGAAAUAAAACAGGUUUAUCGUCACGGAGUGUAUUAUCUUUCUACCGAAAGUAAAAUCAAUGUAUUCAUUAAAAAGUCUAUUAAUUUAUUUAUAAAGUAUGUAAAAAAUCUGGUUUUGAUUGCUCAAAAUAAAUUCAGUUUGGUACAAACAAAAUUCAAAAAUGUGACGAAUUUAAUUGACAAAAUUAAUAGUAAUUUGAACGUCAAUAAUAAUAUAAGACUUACAGAAGAACAAAAAGACUGUUUUAAAAAUUAUAAAAAACUAUUGGAGGACGCCGAAAAAUGUUUGUCAGAAAUCCAAACGAUUAAAACAAAUUUAGAAAAAUGUCGUGUGGCUAGUGUCAACUUAGCUGACCAGUAUCCUUCAAUUGAUUGCAUCCUGAGGAACUGCGACAUUGAUACAAUUCACCAAGAAUUUAUAAAAAUGGUCCGAAAGGAUAAUAAUAACAAUAACCCUGGUGAAAUUCAGGAGAACAUCACAAAAAAGAUAAACCAAGCCAUUAGAAUGAAAGACCGUCUAUUUAUUAAUAAGGAAUUGGCUGAACAUUUUAAGACUCAACAGACUGUGUUACAAGGAUUGGAGAUUUUAAUCAAGAAAAUGUUUGAUGUGGAUGCUAUAUUAGAUGAAUUAGUAAAAGAUCUUGGUGUUACUGAGUUACACAUCACAAAUUACAUGAAGAUUAUUAUGGAGAAUUAUAAAAAAGAGAUAGAAAACAAAAAAAGUGCUCUUCCUAUAAGGAUCAAUACUCCAACAAGUCCAAUUCAAAAUCCACAAUUGGAUUCAACUGUAUUAAUAAAAAGAAAUGAUGAAAUGAGAGAGAAUUUAGAUGCUUUGGUAAACCAAAUAUUUUGUUUUAAUUUUUUGAUGGAAAAAUUUGACUGUGAAACUGAUAAUGAGUGAGAAUUACUGUUUAUUUUUACGCUUUUUAUGAAAUACGCUUUAUUAUAUAUUAUGUGUUUUAUGUAUGAAUUGAUUCUAUGUAUUUUUGUUUGAUUAAAUAUAGUUUUUUAUUA